GGUGGGAGCCAGGUGGGUUGUGAGGCGGGAGGCGGCCACAACACCAACAACAAGCGGGCCUCACCAUGAAGACUGUCUUUAUGGUGGCUGAGAAGCCCUCCCUGGCACAGUCUCUCGCAGAGAUUCUCAGCAACAGGAAGAACACCACCAGGAAAGGUUUUAAUGGAGCUUGUAGUGUUCAUGAAUGGUCAGGCUCCUUCCUCAAUCAGUCUGUCCGCUUCAAGAUGACAUCUGUGUGCGGGCAUGUGAUGUCAUUAGACUUCCCAGGAAAAUUUAAUAAUUGGGACAGAGUUGAUCCUGCUGAAUUGUUCAGAUGUCCAACCGAGAAGAAAGAAGCAACACCCAAGCUUCGAAUGCCAGAGUUUAUAAGCAAAGAAUCCCGAGGGUGUGACUACCUAGUACUGUGGCUCGAUUGUGAUAAAGAGGGAGAAAACAUUUGUUUUGAGGUCAUUGCCUGUGUUGAAAAUUCUAUGCCUAGGCCAACAUUCAGAGAACAGACAAUCUUCCGUGCCAAGUUUUCUGCAAUCACAGAGCGGGACAUUAAAGCUGCUAUGAAUGCCCUUGUAGAACCUAAUGAAAAUGAAUCAAGAUCAGUUGAUGCCAGACAGGAGCUGGAUCUUCGUAUUGGAUGUGCCUUUACUAGAUUCCAAACUAAGUUUUUCCAGGGAAAGUAUGGCAACCUUGACUCAUCACUCAUAUCAUUUGGACCUUGCCAGACUCCAACUUUAGGAUUCUGUGUGGAACGGCAUGAUUUCAUCCAGUCAUUCAAGCCCGAGACAUACUGGGUACUGCAGGUAAAAGUAGCAGUAACUGAAGAAAAACAGUUGUCAUUAGAUUGGGAGAGAGUUCGAAGCUUUGACAAAGAUGUGGCAAAUUUGUUUCUCAAUAUAGUGAAAGAACAGAAGCGUGCCAAGGUGUUGAAAGUCGAAAUGAAAGAGAAGGCAAAACCUCGCCCUCUUGCACUGAACACUGUGGAACUGAUGCGAGUGGCCAGCUCAGGUCUUGGAAUGGGACCUCAUCAUGCCAUGACCCUGGCUGAGAGACUGUACACGCAAGGAUAUAUCUCGUAUCCACGUACAGAAACAACGCAUUACCCAGAAAAUUUUGAUCUCAAGGGAGCUUUGAGAAUUCAGGAAGGUCACAGUGACUGGGGCAGUAUUGUCAGAGACAUUCUAAAAGAAGGCAUUCAGAGGCCAAAGAAAGGUCACGAUGUAGGCGACCAUCCUCCUAUUACCCCAAUGCGUUGUGCAGACAGAAGUCAGUUGGACCAUGACUCAUGGCGUUUGUAUGAGUAUAUUACCAAGCAUUUUAUCGGUACACUAAUGACUGACUGUAUAUACCUGAGUACAACCAUCAGUCUUUCUAUAGGGUCAGAAAACUUCAGCAUAUCUGGGAAACAGCUAAUAGAUCCUGGCUUCACUAAGGUGAUGGACUGGCUAGCAUUGCAAGAUGAGGAGAAAUUACCUGACCUUAAACCUGGAGAUGAUUUACCUAUCAUUGAGGCAAAGCUCAGUGAACGACAAACAUCUCCUCCAGAUUACUUGACUGAAUCAGAAUUGAUUAGCCUGAUGGAAAAACAUGGUAUUGGUACAGAUGCCUCAAUCCCUGUACACAUUAACAAUAUUUCCCAAAGAAAUUAUGUUCAAGUGGCAACAGGACGUAAGUUGGUGCCGACCAGCUUGGGCAUUGUCUUGGUUCAUGGCUAUCAAAAGAUUGAUCCUGAUUUGGUGCUGCCAACUAUGAGAAGUGCAGUGGAAGAGCAACUUAAUCUAAUUGCUCUUGGAAAAGCAGACUUUGAUUCUGUCUUGACCCAUACAUUGGAGAUAUUUCAGCUCAAGUUCCAGUACUUUGUCAAGAACAUAGAAGGAAUGGAUGAGCUGUUUGAAGUGACAUUUUCACCUCUCUCUGCUAGUGGGAGACCACUGUCAAGAUGUGGUAAAUGUCGACGUUACAUCAAGUUGGUGGAGACUAAACCUGUCCGUCUCCACUGUGUGACGUGUGAUGAAACUUUUGCUGUGCCUCAGAAUGGUGUUAUACGAGAGUUUCAGGAGAACAGGUGUCCUUUAGAUGACUUCCAGCUCUUGGUGUGGUCUGGUGGAGCUAAAGGGAAGAGUUUUACCUUCUGCCCUUACUGCUACAACAACCCUCCUUUCCCGGACAUGUCCAAAGGAAGUGGAUGCAACCUUUGUUCUCACCCGACCUGCCAGUAUGGCCGAGACAAUGUGGGUGUAUCCCAGUGCAUGGAAUGUCCAACUGGGAUAUUGGUUAUGGAUCCCUCAUCUGGACCCAAGUGGAAACUGGCUUGUAAUAGAUGUGACGUCAUAAUAAACCUCUUCGACAAAGCCAGCAAGGUUCAGGUUCUUGAAGAUACCUGUGAGGAUUGUGGCUCUCAAACAGUCACUGUUGAAUACAAGGAGGGAAAGAGUAAACUGAGAGACGGACAGUUGACAACAAGUGGAUGUAUAUUCUGCAGUGCCACUCUAAUACCCCUGGUGGAAAAACACAGAGCUUCCCAAGAUGGGGGUCGUGGCAGAGGACGAGGGAGAGGGAGAGGAAGGGGAGGAAGCAGGGGAGGGAGAGGGAGCAGCCGUGGUGGACGAGGUCGUGGUGGUGGCAGAGGAAGAAGAUAGUAUUUUACACAUUUUUUAAAUACUUCUUUAAAUAUCAAGUUUUAUUUAUUCCUGUGUGAAAAAAUUUACAAUGUGGCUUUUGUAAAUAUUUCUUCAUAAUAAAUAUGGAGAUAAUAGG